AGCCAGUAAAUGUGGCCUCUAGGGACUAGGACUCAGCGCAACUGGCAAGCACGGUUGGUGGUCCUGUCUGCCUCUCAGAGGGACGGCCCCCUCCCUCCGCUGCCUGGCUUCCAGGUGGGGAGGACACUUCCGGGGAUGACCUGGGGACCACGCUGGCCCUGAAAGCCCUCUGCAACCGCGAUGCUCAGGGCGGGCGGGUGCGCAGCUCGGCGGGGCGGGGAUCGCGGAGUGGCCAGGGCGCACGGCCCCUCCUGGCUGGGGCUGCGCGCACGGCCGCCUGGCGCCCUUCCAGCGCGGCGCACUCACGCGGGCGGCCGAGGAGGAGGCUCCAGCCUGACUGACGCCUCUGGAGCCGCUGUCUCGGUCCCGCCGCCGCCCGGCCGGGCCCUGCAGCUACCGCGUAGCCCGGGUGCACGGGGGCACGCGUGGCACCGCACGGACAGAAUCGGAUCACUCACCCAUCCAAGGGUUUUGGAGGAAGUCAGCCCACUUUCCAACUUUAAUCUGUCCCCACCGCUUCCAGAAGAAAAGGCAAGCUUGUUCCUAUGCCAUCCAUGGACAAGUGCUUGAUGCUGAUCCUCCCGGGGCCCUGCCAGCCUUGAAAGGCCUCAACCUCUUUCCGUGCGCAGCAGCCUGAGGUCGGCCUCCUAUGCACCCCAGCACCCCCAUCAGCUCCCUCUUCUCCUUCACCAGCCCGGCAGUCAAGAGGCUGCUGGGCUGGAAGCAGGGAGAUGAAGAGGAGAAGUGGGCCGAGAAGGCCGUGGAUUCUUUGGUGAAGAAGCUAAAGAAGAAGAAAGGAGCCAUGGACGAGCUGGAGAGGGCGCUGAGCUGCCCGGGCCAGCCAAGCAAGUGUGUCACCAUCCCCAGGUCUCUUGACGGGCGACUACAGGUGUCCCACCGCAAAGGGCUCCCCCAUGUCAUCUAUUGCCGCGUGUGGCGCUGGCCAGACCUGCAGUCCCACCAUGAGCUGAAGCCCCUGGAAUGCUGUGAGUUCCCCUUCGGCUCCAAGCAGAAGGAGGUCUGCAUCAACCCAUACCAUUACCGCCGAGUCGAGACGCCAGUUCUGCCUCCGGUACUGGUACCAAGACACAGCGAAUACAACCCCCAGCUCAGCCUCCUGGCCAAGUUCCGAAGCGCCUCCCUGCACAGCGAGCCCCUCAUGCCGCACAAUGCCACUUACCCGGACUCCUUCCAGCAACCCCUCUGUCCUGCACCCCCCUCCUCGCCAGGCCACGUGUUUCCGCAGUCUCCAUGCCCCGCCAGCUACCCACACUCCCCGGGAAGCCCUACCGAGUCAGACAGUCCAUUUCAACACUCAGACUUCCGGCCAGUUUGCUAUGAGGAACCUCAGCACUGGUGCUCGGUUGCCUACUAUGAACUAAACAACCGGGUGGGAGAGACUUUCCAGGCGUCCUCCCGAAGCGUGCUCGUAGACGGCUUCACCGACCCUUCCAAUAACAGGAAUAGGUUCUGUCUUGGGCUUCUUUCAAAUGUGAACAGGAACUCAACAAUAGAAAACACCAGGAGGCACAUUGGAAAGGGUGUGCAUCUGUACUACGUUGGGGGCGAGGUGUAUGCGGAGUGCGUGAGUGACAGCAGCAUCUUCGUCCAGAGCCGGAACUGCAACUAUCAGCACGGCUUCCACCCCGCCACUGUCUGCAAGAUCCCCAGCGGCUGCAGCCUCAAGGUCUUCAACAACCAGCUCUUCGCCCAGCUGCUCGCGCAGUCAGUGCACCACGGCUUUGAGGUUGUGUACGAGCUGACCAAGAUGUGCACGAUUCGGAUGAGCUUUGUGAAGGGCUGGGGAGCCGAGUAUCAUCGUCAGGAUGUCACAAGCACCCCCUGCUGGAUUGAGAUUCAUCUUCAUGGACCACUGCAGUGGCUGGACAAGGUUUUGACUCAGAUGGGCUCCCCACAUAACCCCAUUUCUUCAGUGUCUUAACAGUCACGCCGUCAGCUACAUUUCCACAGAAUAGAUGCAGGCAGCGGUUCCUGCAGCCUGCAGCCAACAGAAGCUUUUGGAUGCAGAUGUAAAUACAUAUAAUGUAUACUAUCCACAUUUUUAUCACUUUUUUUUUUUGUGCUAGUUAACCCAGGGCUAGUACUGUGUGGUUGAAGAAGAGUGUGUUCCAGGCCCGUGCUAGAAUGAGAAGCCAUGUUUCUAGUGAGAGAGGAGACAUGUAAAGGGUAUUGGCCACUUUAAGUCAGCUUGUCACGGUACAGAAUGUCGGGCCCGCUAGUGAAAACACAAAAACACAAAGCUGCUUACAUUAAGAAAAGGGGCGGGGGGAAGAAUAGUGUUUAGGAGCAUUAGAGCAAAACCCAAUCAAAUCCACAUAGUUUAAAAGCUCUCACUUUCAAUGUGAAUGGCAAGAAAGAAAAUCAGACUCGUUCAGUGAUCUGUGGGAUAAACCUCAGAAAUUCUAUCUCUGAAGUUGGAAUAGGCAAAGCCGGCUUCUGUGCCGAGGUCAGCGGUACGUUUAAACAGAUUGAAACUGUGAUUGGAAAUGGAGAAACUGUGAAGCUUAGAGUCGUGUCGCUGCUGCUUAAAAAUGAAAGAGGCUGAUGAGGGGAAUCAGCCUGCGAUGAGCCACGGCCCUGAGUGUUAGAACAGAAUUCGGUCCCAAGGAGCGCAGAGGACUCCGGCUUCCAGUCAGGCUCCAGCUUCCGGUUCUCCCGGCCAGGCAGCCUUGCAGAUGGCAGUGUCUGUCUGCCUGUGUACACUGCGCACAAAUCCUGUGCAGAGACAAAGCUGUAGACUAGAAGGUGGGAGGAGCAUCGUGUGGCCACUCGUACUGUCCAGCAUGCGCAGACUGAAGCCUCCAAGGCAGGGCACCCCUUUGCCACAUCUUGCAUCCUGUGACAAAUAUCAACUAGUUACAGUGAUUAAAACAACAGCAAAGCCUUGGGGGCAAUCUAGAAGCACCUCUUGGUCAUGUUUAUAUAGUACUUAGCCUGGCACCUGUGUUGGCUGGCUACACCUGACAGCCUCUCCUACAGCUAUGAAACACCUGGAUAUAACUUCCCAAGUGCAGUGGGGAUGCUUCAUCUGGCCUACAUUUUUGAGGAGACAGCGGUAGCAAAUAACAGAGCAUCUUUAGAAAUGUGUAUAUACAUGCAUAUGGCACUGUGCAUGUAUUCUUAAAGUCUGCUAUUUCCGUCUUUGGAUGACAAAGGGAAAUUUCCUUCUGAUUUCAUGGCAUGUGCCUCUCGAUGAUCACCGCAUUGCUUGUAAGUUUACUUCAUGCCUUUUGGGAAGCACAUUCCUUAAGAUGGCGUUUUGUGUUUGUGAAGGACAGAGUUUCUGUAAUCUGAGUUUCCUUCGUUUAAUCCGUUCUACCUAGCACCAGUGCACAUACAUUUGUUGUUCCCAUCCAAUUGUAUUUAAGAUAGAUAGGAUGUGACAAGUUAUACUCACAAUGCCUAACUGUAUCUAUAAAACCUAUCAUAUAUAUAUCAUAAAUACGUAUGAUAUAUACAUAUCAUUUAUGUCUCGCAUUAAAGCCUGGGAGCCCACUUAGAGUGUAGAAAGACCCAAGCUCAUUGAUUCAUUCAGUCUGCCUCGUGCAUUUGUGUGUACCAGGUACAGUGUCAGGUGCUGCGGAAUCAAACGUACAUCAGAGGCAGGCCCCACCUCCAGGGAGCCACAAAUCUAACAGUGCAUCAUUUGCCCAGGCACUGGGUCUCAGAACUUUUAAAAUCCACACAUGCAAAUUUUCUUGGGCUUGGAAAAAAAAAUGUAAUCAAGUUCUUAAUGAUUACUCUAUUGGAAUUCUAUGUCUUUCCAGAACAAGUACGUCAUUUCUCUUAGCGGAAGUGACACUCUUGGUCCUCGUCACCCCACCUCCUGGCCUCCCUAUAUUUCCGAUAGUUCUCGCAGCUUCUUUUUUGGAAAAAUCAUUGCUACGGCAGAUCUUCUCUGAGUAGCCAUGCAAGGCCACAAAGUGUCCCAGAUUUCCAGCA